AUGAAGAACCCAGUCAAGCAAAUCCGAUUCCCAGCACUCGAGGAAAUCCUCGACCUCAUACAAGACGUCGCAGAGACCUCCAGCAGAUGGAUUAACUGGCAAAUCAUACGAGGCAAGCGACAUAUAUUGUGGGAGACGGACUGGGACGUUGUAUCUCGCUGGGCGCAAUCGAUCAUCGAAACAGAAGAGCGUCUUCGCCAAAUCACCCAACGCGAGAAUUUCCUCAAGAAGUAUAUCCAUAAAUAUCAUGCCGGCUCCGAAGCAGCCAAAGCCGCCCUACCGGAUUUUAUCGAAGAGUUGAUAGCUCUAGACCAUGAGUACAUGCGUCUCGAGCGGAUAUACGACACCCUCCUAGCGGGCUGUCCUGUAGGACCUAUCAGGAGCGGAUAUGAGUGGAUUCGAAAGGAGCCGCAGUGGUAUCUCAAGAGUGAGUGGUUGCGUCAGGAUUGUGCCAGGCGCGGUGGUUGCUGUGGUCGUCAGUGCAAAUGUUGUGAGAAUCCACCUGAUCCCAUGAGGAGGAAGGGUUGGGGUCAUUGUACGGCUCAGUGUGCUUGUUGUAAUGAUGAGCUUGAGGAUGGGUUUCGAUUGACGGAGAGAAAUCGGAGAAUGUUGCAGCCGGACUUUGAUCUUACUGUUUACCCGUGGAGUGACUAUAGUCGAGAGAUCUUUCGUGCUUAUAUUUGGUCACUUGACUAG